AUGGACGCCUUCAUCAAGCGGCCUCUCGUUCGUCAGAUUCCGCCGCCUGGCUUCGAAUCCUGCUCCAGCGGUGGCGCCACGAUGCACACCAACCCCUUCAGCUUCGACCUUGGUAUUGCGCCUCCAUAUUCGACUGCCAGCUCCUGGUCCUUCUCCAUUGGCGACAUGGGGAGGAGGACACAUCCCUUCAGCUUCGGGCUCGACAUUGCUCCUCCUCCGAUCAGCUUGUCCGAUCUCUGUGAUGAUUAUUUUCCACGGCCCGCCCAGUUCGGUCCGUUUCCAACAAUGAACGUCGACGUCCCUCACAAUUAUUACGUGCCCGCCGUCGGCGAACUCCCUGCGCUACCAGUACCACCCGCCGGCUUCAAUCCGACACCGGUCUACGACUACGGCAACCCCUUUGACGCCGACGGUACAGCUUCCCUUGCCAUGGAGCCGGGCGUCGAGGAGCCCGUGUCGGUGUCCUCCGCUGCUCCGGUCUGCGACGGCGCCGGCACCCUUUACGACGACAACUCCACGAUGGUUCUUCCGAAGCUCUGCUGUCCCUAUGACGGUUAUGACGAAGACAUCGAGGCCACCCUCCGGGCCCAGGAGGACGAAGCCUUGUCCCCGGACUACCUGGAGACGACGCAGCGGGGUCGGAUGAGCCAGGACACGCGCGCCACCCUCGUCGGCUGGAUGAAACGGUUCACCCAGUGCUACGGCCUCGCCCCCGGCACGCUCCACCGCGCCGUCUCCUACGCCGAUCGGUUCCUCUCCGUGCAACCGCUGGCGGACGUCGGCAUGCACCGGCUCCGUCUCCUGGGCGCCGCGGCCAAGUACGAGGACCAGGGAACCGUAGAGCUACUGGACGCCGCGGAGAUCGCCAGCUACAGCCGCGAGCAAGGAGUGUUAAGACGAUCACAUAGUCGUAGAUAG